UUCCGAGUCAGGCUGAGCUGUUGAGAGAGCGAGCAACAGUCAUGUGCUUGUCAGGACUAGUCUUUUUUUUUUUUUAGCAGAGCUACACAUUUCCACGGAUGAAAGCUGCCCUGUAGUCUGUGUAUUUGUAAGAUUUUGUAACGCUGUCAAUUGAUUUUGAGUAAGGUUAGGCCUACUGUUCUAAAAACAAUCCAGCAGCGUAAGGCAAACCCUGCUUGUCGUCGCGGUACAGAAGUUUUGACGGAAGAAUUUGGACGCCGUAAAGUCAUGAUGAUGACAGGAUUUCGACUAAACCUGACUCCGCUGAAAGAACCACUGGGAUUUAUCAAAAUUUUGGAAUGGUUAACUGCCAUUUUUGCCUUUGGAAGCUGUGGAAGCUAUAGUGGCCGGAAUGUCAUUUCAGUUUUCUGUGGAGGUAGUAGAAAUGAAACAUUGAAUGUCACACUUCACUAUCCUUUCAGGCUGAAUGAAGUGAUGCUGGUGGGCUCCAAUUCCACGCUCUGUGGUCGCACUGUUCAGGAGACUCAUCUUGUUGGUGACUCGGCCUUCUCCGCUGAAGCCUUUGUGGCCGUGGCCAUCGUAGCUUUCUGCUACUGCAUGGCAGCACUGCUGAUCUACUUGGGAUAUAUGGACAGCUACAGGGAUCCUCAAGGAUCAUCAUGGCCACAAACUGACUUCAUUCUGACGGCCGUCUUCGCUGUCCUGUGGCUCGUCUUCUCGUCCGCCUGGGCCAAAGGCCUCCAGAACGUGAGGGAUUCCACCAGCACCGCCGGCAUUCGGUCCACCCUCUCAGUGUGCCAAGCGCAGGGUGUGUCCUGUGAGGUCACCGAGAGAGCCAGCACGCGCACCCUCAGCGUCUCUGUGGUAUUUGGCUUCUUGAACCUGGUCCUAUGGCUGGGUAAUGUGUGGUUUACCUAUAAAGAGACUCCCUGGCACUCUCAGACUCCUGCGGCAGAAACAAUACCGGUCCGUAGGCAGGUACCUGUACCCAUCUGAAGGGGCUGCUCUGAGAUGCUACAAUAACUCCAAUGACUGUUAGGGGAAUAUGUCCUCGUAUUCCCUCAGAACUGAAACUGUAUUCAUAUGUCCCUCUUUCCUAGUGUAUGUGUAUAUAUGGCUGUGUGUGAGGGAUAUAUUGUAGAUGUAAAUAACAGAAAGAUCUAAUAUUACCUCACAUCUAACUCAUGUUGUAUAAGAAUGUUAUUUCUCCCUUACUCACUUUUAGUUAGCUUACUGAUGACUGCCGGGCAUUUUUGUCCAUAAAGCUGCAAUGAGAAACUGUUUGUCACUUUUCUAAUGUCACUGGUGUUUUUUUAGAACUGUACGUGUGUCUGCAUGGGGAGCUUGUGUGGUAUCAAUGAUACCCUGAAUUUAGUUUUCUUGUGAAGUUAAGCACAAAUGGUUGAUGAGUUGGUUUCAGGUUACAAAACAGAAUUUGAUGCUUCACAAGAAAGCUUUUCAUUGGUUAAAAAAAACCAACUGACAUAAAAUUGUUGCCACACAAAAUUGGUGACACACGUGCUUUUCCAAAUAAAUUCUAUAAAGAAAAAGAAAGAUUACAUUAUUUUCUUUGAAAGUCAAAUAAAGUAGACCAGAGCUUUCCUCUGAAAAUGCCUGCUUUCCCUCUAUGUCUGUUUCUGUCUCUAACUGCACAAUCUGUAGUAAGCCUAUGGACUGAAUUGCAAGCCGUUGCACUGUUGUUGUGUUAAGUGUUCUUCAUGUUUGUCUUGUGACUGUUGAUCUUCAAUUUCCCUGGAGGUAUAAAGAGAACAAAUAGCAUACUAUCUGAAGUUAUGACUGCAAAUAACCCUGUAU